AUGCCUGAAAUCGCCCUCUCAAAGACGAGGGCUGCCGACAACCUCUCUUCGCUUCCCGAGCACAUAUAUCAAAGGACACAUUCACAGCAAGGCCUUGGAUACUUCCCCGAGAGCAACUGCAGGGAAGAAGGAAGCCAUACGCCGCCUAGCAGCAGCAUCGCGGCGGCUACAGUAUUUACCUCGGGGCCCUCGGAGAGUAGCGACCUUGUCUCGUCGCCGCCGCCGACAGGUCAGAGUCAGAGUGAUGAUCACCCUAGUGGCGUGGCCGAUGAGGAUCCACACGACUCGCAGGCGACGGAGAGCGCCCCGGAAGACGAUACUUCGGGUCCUGAAGAGGUAGGGGAAGAGUAA